AAUUGGGCAAUGGCAGGGUCAGACUUGCCGUGGAGGCCUCCACGGCCGUGUGACUACUACUGGAGUGAAUUCAGGCACUGUAAGAGUCUGAGGAACCGUUUCCAUCACUACUACGUUUAUGGCACAUUCCCGUCCUGCGAGCAGUGGAAGGAAGACUACCACAUGUGCAGAGAGUGGGAAAAAAUUCAAAGCACACACUGCAAGGAAUCUCUUCAGCAGAGUGAGAGGAACCGCGUCGCAGAGCAGAGAAACUUCACUCCGGUGUGGGAGCUCAGACAAACCCCCCCUGCUGACUGGCACUCCCCUCUCAACCAGGGAAAACCACAGGACUCUUGAACACACACACACACACACACACACACAAACACACCUUAACUGUUCAAUUCGAUUCCUGACUGACAUCUGCCCAUUAAAAAGGGGGCAGGGGGCAGGAUUGUUGAGAACAGGCCAUACCUCUUUAGCUCCUUAAGGGAUUCGCUGUUGCCGUGCAACCAGCCCAGACCUCUCAGGACUCUUAGUUACACACUCUCCACUCCCACGCAACUCUCCGUCCAGUCUAUGGUCCUCCUAUGCACCGCUAACGUGACUCUGUGGUCACACCCAAACUAAAGCCUCCAACUGAAGUUCCACUCAACAGUUAAGUGCCUGCACAUCCUCUGGAGGCCUGGCUGGAAUUUCUCUCAUUAAGGCUCUGAAUGGUCCUGAGAUUUCAGACCUUUGCUUCUAAAGCAGAGGAGACAAAAAACAUAACAUUGAAGAGGGUGUAAAAGUGAAACUUUGUGUUCUGUGUUAAGUUAAAACUUCUGAGUGGCCCUGUGCGAGUAUAAUUUAUGAAAUCGUUAAAUGUUAUGAUAUUAAUUAGAGAAUGUGCUUUUUCGUUUAUGAAACAGACUAUAGUCAGAGUUAAUGAUUUGACUUUAAGUACAGAAUGGGUGAGAGGCACCGUGUACUUUGUACCAAGUUGAAAAUGCAGUGGUUUUUAUGCAAGCGUGGCUCUCUCACACAUUCAUGCUGGUCUAAAGAUGCUUUCAGUGGUAUUCUUCAAGCUGAAAACGUCCCACAUGUAGAAACUGUGUUGGGUGUCUUUUAUGCCUCUGGAUUCAUGCCGCACAAAACACCUGUUUAUGUAAGCAUUUCAUACAGGGGCUUCCCUUUGAAAUUUCAUGUGAGACC